AUGUCUGCUACUUUUAUAAUUCCACAGUCCAUUAGAGAAAUCUCAGCUAAUUCAACUACAAUAAAUGAAACAACAUCUAAUCCAACGUCAAACACUCCUUCAACCACUUAUACUGAAUUGCCUGCACAAGGAUACCUUGCUAGAAUUUCCAACUUGCCUGCAGUAUCUGCCAUAAAUGGGAUGAUAUCUUCUUUCCCUGUUGUUAAAAUAUUCACAUCUAAUGCUGUUCCCGUUUUGGUUGCCAGACAAGAACGUAAGAAAAAAGAAGAAAUGGAACGAUUGGCUGAAUAUCAAAAAAAAUUAAACAUGCCGCAAUAG